UGGGGGCCCAGAUCGGGAGCCGCGGUCUGGGGCCCAGGCAGCUGCUGCGCCCAGCGCAGCCGGCGGCGGGACCGCCACAGCCCCGUCGGCCAUGAACUCGGGACCAGAGCCCCGGACACCCCGGACAUUAUUCAGCAUCGCCGACAUCCUAGGCCCGCGCCUGAUCCCCCGAGGACCCUCUACGUCCCAGCUUCCAGAGUCGAGUCCUGGUCCCACGUCGCCUCUGUGCGCGCUGGAGGAGCUGACUAGUAAAACUUUCCGCGGAUUUGACUGGCACGCUCCGGAGCCCUCUGAAGGCCGCGCCGCCCCAAGUGCUCUGGGCCCUGGCCAGGCUGGCCGCAGACGGCGAAAGUCACGCACGGCGUUCACUGCGCAGCAGGUGCUGGAGCUGGAGCGACGCUUCGUCUUCCAGAAGUACCUGGCGCCUUCAGAGCGCGACCGGCUGGCGGCGAGGCUCGGCUUGGCCAACGCACAGGUUGUCACGUGGUUCCAGAACCGGCGAGCCAAGCUCAAGCGCGACGUGGAGGAGAUGCGCGCCGACGUGGCCUGGUUGCGCACGCUGUCUCCCGAAGUUCAGUGCCGCCUCUCGCUGCCUGACGGCACCCCAUGCCCCGUCCCUGGCCGGCCUGACUCCGGACCCCACCUGUCAGAAGAGGAGAUAAAGGUGGACUAAUGAAGGCAAAGCCGCCGCCGCCCUGGGUACCUGGAUCCCCGACUCCUUGCCUCCGUGCUCCGCGCCCUGUCUGGGUACUAGGGUGGAGGGAGGGUGUGGAUCUGGCCUCCUCUGGCUCACAGUCCACUCACUCACUUUUCCCAAUUGUUGAGAAUAAAAUGGAGACUCAGUCGCUCGACGCCUCAAUCUUGGCGCCCCAGAACAGCA